GAUAUACUUUACUGAAAUUAAUGAAGUGCCUCUUGGACUACUUUUCUUCCGAAGAAAUAAUACAUCCAAGAAACAAUUCUUGGCUUCUGGACAGGCCCUUGCAAUUCAGAUAUCCGAAAUGAAUUGGUGCGUGCGAUUAUGGAUGGACGUUCCAGAUUUUGAUAUUAAUAACAGCACUGUAGAUAGCACGACCGGACAUUUGAAAUACGAAAAGAAAUUCUGUCAGGCAAAGUUCUGCAUAUGCCCAGGUGGUUCACAAGUCCAUGGUGCAUGUGUAGCAAGAGAACUUCAUUACGGAUGCAUUCCUGGUAAAUGA